GAGUCUCAGAGAACUUCGCUACCUCUCCCUUCCAGACUCCACCGCCGACCCGGACCAGAAGCCAGGAGCUCGCCCGCGGCCACGCAGGAAGCAGGGGUCCCAACAGAAACUCGUUCGCCGAGACCCCGCCACCUUGGGGAGCCCGGGUGCGCACCUCGCAAACUCCUCCUUCCGCACCUGCCACUGAGCCCGCGCGAGCCCUGGAAGGACCAUGGCCAACGCGGGGCUGCAGCUUUUGGGUUUCAUCCUGGCUUCCCUGGGAUGGAUCGGCUCCAUUGUCAGCACUGCCCUGCCCCAGUGGAAGAUAUACUCUUAUGCUGGGGACAACAUUGUGACCGCCCAGGCCAUCUUCGAGGGACUGUGGAUGUCCUGCGUUUCGCAGAGCACCGGGCAGAUACAGUGCAAAGUCUUCGACUCCUUGCUGAAUCUAAACAGUACUUUGCAGGCGACCCGAGCCUUGAUGGUGAUUGGCAUCCUGCUGGGGCUGAUUGCCAUUUUCGUGUCCACCAUUGGCAUGAAGUGCAUGAAGUGCUUGGAAGACGAUGAGGUGCAAAAGAUGUGGAUGGCUGUCAUUGGGGGCAUAAUAUUCUUCACUUCAGGUCUGGCGACUUUAGUGGCCACAGCAUGGUAUGGAAAUAGAAUUGUUCAAGAAUUCUAUGACCCCAUGACCCCCGUCAAUGCCAGGUAUGAAUUUGGCCAGGCCCUCUUCACCGGCUGGGCUGCUGCCUCCCUCUGCCUCCUGGGAGGUGCCCUACUUUCCUGUUCCUGUCCCCGGAAAACAACCUCUUACCCAACACCACGGCCUUAUCCCAAGCCAACACCUUCUAGUGGGAAAGACUACGUGUGACAGAGGCAAAUGGGAAGAGAUCCUCCUGGAGUGAAUACCAAAUGAACCUUGAAAUUAGCAUUGACAUUAAGGCCUUAGAUUGUUGACUAUGGGUUUCUGAACUGUAUCAUAACAAAAGGAUGCAUAUUUUUAUACAUCUCCAUGGCUAUGAGGGCCUUGGCUGUGCCUUACCAUCUUUCCUGAGUACAGGAGGGAAGCCUUUUUUUUUUGCAUUUGAACUGCUGCUUCCCACUGAGUAAUCAUACUCAAAUGGGUAAGGGUGCUUCUUAAGUGUGUAUAGAUAUGUAUAUAUACAUAUUUUCUAUUAAAAUAGACAGUUAAAAACCUCUAUUAUCCUUAUAUUGGUACCAGCAUACUUAAAAUCACUCUAAAAUAUAUACAGCUCCAUAUUGAUUAAAUAAGCCUACUGAUACAUUAUUCUUUUCCUCUAUGAACAUAUGUGAUCGGUCGAGUAUCACCCCUUUGAUCAGCAUUUAGUAUCUUUGUCAUAAGAACAAAACUUUCUUACCAAAUCUGACUUUUUUCUUCCCACCACCCCCUUGUCUUCUUUACAUCAACAUAUUUAAUUUUUUUCCACUCUAACAACAAUUGCUUUUUCAGACUGUUGUUUUCAGGUUCGUUUCUAACUUCUGAAUCUCAUAAUGAAUGUUAAGGUCCACAUUCGAGACUUAAAACCAGUAAGAAUCACUUAUUGCUUCGAUUUCUGAGCUGUGGGGUCAACUCUUCUGGACAGAUAAUGUUUUUCUGCCGACCUUUCCCCACUGUCCUUGCACUUUGGUCUGUAGCUGGCUUGUUUGCUUUGAAAAUAUUUGUUUCCCCGAGUGCUGUACUGCUAACCCUGUUGUUGAAGCAGUUUUAUUGAUUGCAUUUUUCAGGUACUUAUUCACCAUUCCAUAUCCUGCAAACUGCUUUUUUUCUUCUUCCCUCGUCAGCUGCCUUGUUUUCUCAUAUAUAAUUAUCCUAUGGUUUAGCUCUUCUCAGAGAGGUGUGGUCUGUUUAUCUAUACAAACUGCUAGACUUGCAGAAGUGAUAAUCUAGUGAUAAAUAUUCUCUCUGUAGCUGUUGGCAAUUUACAAUCUUUAUACCUCUUUUCCCAUCUGUCAAAUUGGGAUAAUAACACUUAACCAGCUGGUAGAGGUGAUGCGAGUAUUAAUUAGUUGAUAUGACUCUCAUUCUUUGAACAUGAAAUAUGCCUAAGUAGUGUUUUUUUUUUCCUUGCUCAAUUAGCAGUUUUGAAGUCACUGAAGAAAAUCUGCACACACACACACACACACACACACACACACACACACACACACCUUCCCACUGCUCUGUGUCUUUCUUUUCUCAUGAGUUUAUUUCUUGGCUUUCAUCUGUGCCUGGCCUGUUGUUGGUGCUGUUUCAUUUUGACAAGUACUCUUACUCUUCUAGUCUGUAGAAAAGGCCCUUCAGCAGAGCCUGAUGAUGCAAUAGGAAGGGUGUUGCCAUUGACAUUUGGAGACCUGGAUUUGAAUCUUGGUGCUAUCACUUAAUUACUAAGCUUGGGCAAAGGCACUUGGCUCUUCUAAAUAUAUUGCCACAUCUAUACAACGGGUUCAUUAACUCCUGUCAUACCUACAUCACAUGACUCAAGAGGGGACACAUGCAAACAUGCUUUUAUGAGGGGAAACAUGUUGCUCUACAGUAAUUAAGGAGUUUUAACUUAAUAGGUUUUGCAGUUACUUUUCAGACAAUUGGAAAGAGAGAAAUGUCAAAUGGGUUUCUUUCCUUAAGAAGUCUCUCAAAGGAUGAGUCCUAAAGUUCACUCAGUUAAGCUGACCUUAAGUCUUCAAAGCUUUCUGUUGUUUGAGUCAGUGUUUCAGUCUGUGUCCCAAGCUGGCCAAGAACUCCCGUGUUACUCAAAGAUCCUUCUGCCUCAGCCUCCCAACUGUUGACAUGACAGGCAUGAGCCCUAUCCUACUGUUACACCUUAGUGUUAUCACUUUGGCCUGAUACUUCUGGGGCUAAGAGAAUGUAAUGGAGAAAAGUGACAAUGCAGAUUCUGAAGGUGUAUAACAUGUUCUUUGUUAAGUGAUAUUUUCAAAGUUAAAUGGAAGCUAGCAGUUCUGACAAAAGUUAAGAAUUAUAAUUCAUGGUAAACCCACAUGGAGGAAGUUAUAUGGAGCUUUAUAUGGAUUUGAACUAUGUAAGUUUUACUGUGUUUGUGCGUGUGAAAGUAAUUGUGCAACUAUCUUUUUGCCACAGUUAUGCUCCCUAAUGUGUAAUGUAAAUGCAUACAAAUAACAUUUGCUAAACUACACAAAGUUCUAUGUUCCAAAAUAAUCCCAAAGAAAUUUUGUCAGAACUUACCCAGUUUUGAUAGUUUUAUAUUCUACUACCAAACAUAGAAACAGAACAAUUGACAUUUGGGGGCUGCGGUGGGAAUUUGUAUAAAGCAUUACUCUUUUUCAAUAAAUUGUUGUUUUUUAAUUAAAAAUAAA